GCAAUGGGGCUGCCGUCGCCUCGCCGCUCUCAACGCUAAUCCCAACGCUCAACCUGUCCUCGACCGCGGUGCCGUUCCUGCUGCAGCGCCCGUUGACCGGCGUGAACAACACCGUCUCGCCCUUGCGGCACUUUCGCCAGACUGCCGACGCGUACUUUACCGGCUGUGGAGACGCCAACAACCAGUUUGUCGCGACGGACAUGCGCAUCAACAUCAGCGCCGUCUAUGUCCACCUCGACGUUGCGGACCCCGCGCGCGACCCGUACGCAGGACAGCUCAAGAUUGUCGCCAUAGGCGCCAUCGACGCGAACACCUCCGCCACGGCGAAUGGCAUCAUCAGCUCUGUCCAGACGCAGACACGCUUUCUGACCUUCCCUGUCGAGACCAAGCUCGAAUCGAUCUGCGACCGCCUUUAUCCAGUGGGGCCUGACCCGUUGCACCCGCUUCUGGGGCAGUAUCAAUCGUGCACGUACGGCCCAGGCGACGUGGCUUUCGGCGUGUCCGUGCCGAUGGACGCGAGCUAUGCGCUCGGCACGCUCUCGACGAAGAUCCGCAUCUCAGACUCAUCGAGUCCGCCACUUACGAUCUCGUGCAUCGACGUGCAGGUCUCGCCGUACUACCCCAGCGCGUGGUACUGGAGCCUGUUUGCGUACUUGCCCAUCGCGCUCGUCUCCGCGUACUUCGUGCUCACGGCCGCCGCGCGCGUCGCAACAGCGAUCAGCCUGCGCCGACAGGCGUUCAAGAACAAGGCGCGCCCCGGCGGCGCACCCACAUUCGUCAAGGACAAACUCGCGCCGACCGUCGUCGCAGCCCUCGCGGGGGAGCCGGCCGUGCGCAGCCCGGCACUGCUGCGCUUUGCGACACCAAGCUGCUGGGAUGUGCUAUUGCACAUCCAGUUCGUCGCGCUCCUCGCCAUGCUCAGCGUCCAGUGGCCAGAGUUCGCCUACCCGUUCUUCCGCCAGGCCGCCUGGGCUGCCCUGCUCGGGAACGUCACGCUUGUCCAGCCUGACGGCGUGCACGCGCUGUGGAAUCCGCUGACGAGCAACGCGUUCCUCCCCGCCAGCGACGCCGUCGGCAUCUCGACCCAGAUCGCAAGCAACGUCAGCAGCCCGCUGUUCAUCAACAGUACCACCCCCAACACCUUCCUCAACCUCCGCGGUUCCCUAAACGGCAUCGACGCCUACGCCCAGAUGGUCGGCCUCGACCAGCGCGACGUCUUUGGCAUCUCCACCGGCAUCUGGCUCCUCCUCGUCGCCGCCUUGCUCGCCGCGAGUGCCACCAUCUGGGCCAUAGACGCCCUCUGGGCGGCCGUCCUGCAUGUGCGCGCGCGCCGCGAAGCGCUCCACUCUUCUGGUCUCGAGGUAGACGACACGGCCGAUGAAAAAUAUGGCGGCAGUGGCGGAGGCGGCACAGGAGGAGGCUGCUGCAGCAGGGGCGGCAUGGAUCACCCGUUGGAGCGCCUCAAGGUCAAAGCAUCUGCAGCGUUCGGCAUGCACGGCGCAGCGCUUUUUGGCAACCUCGUCCGCCUGCUCACCCUUUUCCAUCUCCCGCUCACAGUCCUGAGCGUCUACCACUUCUCCAACGCCGCCGACAGGUCGACCAGCACCGUCGUCCUCGCCGCGCUGUCCUUCGCCGCUUUCAGCGUCUUUUCCCCUGCAUUCGUCCUCUGGCGCAUCUCCAAAUACACCACCACCAAGCUGUACUCGGACCCUGCCUUGCUUCUCUCCGUCGGACCGCUGUACAACUACUACCACCCGGGCUCGCAGCUCUUCGCAGCCGUCUCAUUUGUCCACUCGCUUGUGCUCGGCGUCGUUGUUGGCGCAGGCCAGGCCAGCGGCUCGGCGCAGUCGAUCAUCUUCCUUGUGCUCGAGAUCUUGCUCGCCAUCGCCUACGUCCUCUGGCUCCCCUGGGGCGACGGCUCGAUGAUGGCCCCGCUCAGCUUCCUCUGGAGCGUCUUGCGCAUCACCACCGCCGUCCUCGUCCUGCUGCUCGCGCCGAUCGUCAACCUGAGCACCCAGGCGCGCCAGUGGCUCACCUACGUCAUCCUCCUCAUCCAGGCCAUCGUCAUCGUCGGCUUCCUUCUUCUCUUCCUCGCCAAGUGCGCCGAGGUGGUCAUCCGCAUCGCGUACAAAGUCACCUUUGACGAGCGUCUCUCCCACCGCAACGGCGGCAUCGGCGGGGCCCUCCGUCGCGUGCGCAGGCGUAAGUACAAAGCCCUUCAACACAACGCCAAGAAGGGCCGUUCGAGGGCGGCAACAACGCACAACAGCUCCACGGCGAGCAUGAACAAUCUCAUGCUCGCGCACAGCGCCCAGUCCACACCCCUGCACGGCUCCACGCUGCGCUCCUCCGACCCCACUGCCGCUCCGACCAGCGCUGGCACCGCUUCUUUUCUCGUCGACCGGGAUUUUGGCACGUACGCUGCCUACCUGCGCGCAGACGCGCACGACGAGGGUACCAUCAUGUCCGCCAUGCCUCCCACACCUCUCAGCCAGUCGCAACUGACGAGCAGUAGCAGCCAGCCAUACGACCCUGCGGCUUCGUCCCCGCCGACGGGCUUCGUCCGCCUCGGCGGUGGCCGCGCGACGGACGAGCAGCCUUAUCAGUUGCCGCCACCUUCGAGCGCAGGUACCGCGUAUGCGCGUCCGUCCCCGCAGGCCAAUGGGCCCUUUGGUCGCCUGGCAAACUCGCAACAGCAGCAGUACCUGUACCAGCACCACCAGCAUCUGCCACAGCACGAGGUCGGUUGGGCGCCUGCAGCUGGUACCGACGGGGAAGCGCCUCACAAAAAGCGAGGGAUGAGGGUAUUCUGGCGCCGCAUCGCCAUGUCCGACGACAGCAGCAGCGAUGAAGACGAUGUCGCAGAAUGGGGUGCUGGUGGCGAGCUUAGGACGCGUCAGUGGGCAGGGCUUGCGAAGAUCAACGCAACGCUCAGCGGUCUCAGAUUAGCAAAAGGCAAGCGACGAGAACAAGAACACGACCAGCAAGACGAGCUGUCUACUCCAGCCGAACCCGAAAAUGGUGAAAGAGGCUUCGCGGUUGUGCGGCCAACGAGGAAAGCCGGCAACGGAACGCUGCCGCUUUCUCCGUCCCAGCACCUUGAUGGUCUGCCAGCAUCACCCGCGCCUGCUCCGGUUGACGCCGAGCAACCCACACAUGUGUCGCCAGCGCACAUUGCAGCGCCGCGCAACUCAACGAAUGACCUGCGGCGAACUGAGGCUCGGCAGCAACACAAAGCCUACGCUCCUGCGCCUUCCGACAGCUCACAUGACAGCUCGCACGAAGAUGCUGCGGCCAAAGAGGACACAUUCUGGCUCGCUCCGGAGGUUGCUGCAGCCAUGCGAGCAGCCAAGCCGCCGCCAAAGCUGCGCCUUACAUCAGACCGAGCGCAGACGUCGUCGAGCUCUACUGCCCCGUCUGGACCCAUUUCAGCCGCAGACAUGUACGCCACUGCCUACACAAACAAGUCCUCCGGCAAUGUCCAAGGCAGCCAGAGCAGUCUGCUCAGCCGAUAUACUGAGGCACAAAGUGCCGAGAUCUUCACGCACGAGGAUAUCAACUGAGAUUCUCAUCAGACACACAUCUGCAUUUGUAUCACUAGCCAUCGGCACUUCUUGCACAUUCCCGUUGUGACUCGGGCACUGCGCCCUUUCAUUAGCAUUUGUAGGCACAGAAGCAUCGCACACACGCAUACACGUCCAUAGCUUUUAGAGAAU